CCUAUGCAGCAGUUGGUCGCUUGUCUCUGUUUUUGGAUCGUUUCAUCUAAAUUAUCAGCUGUGCCUUCUUACGUCGUGAAGAGCAGAAUAUGCUCAUUCUGGAGCACGUGGAAAUCUAUCUGUAGAUACGGGGCUGCUGAGUUAGCGUGCCUCUCCAAGGCUUUGGUGAGCGCAAGGAGUCAGUCGUAUUGGUGCAUCGGCUGGAGACGAGUAAGAGGUGCGGAUAGAAUAACUGUACAGCCUAAGAUCCGUAAGAAAAGCAAUAAUGGGCUCGUUAAUGUUGAGAUAAUUCAAACAGUGAGUGAGAUUAUGUCCCUGUGGAAAUUCCGAGGACGGACUUUGCGCUCCCUCCUAGGGGACGAGGGCGCGGGGGGUUGUUCCCCAGAAGAUUAGCAUACGUUUCUCCCUAUGGAAUGCGGAGACGUUGCGAAAACCCCCUCCCCGGUAUUGAAUCUUGGAGUGAUUGAUUUUUCUUAGGACUAUUAAACGAAAUAAACUCAAGUGACGUUAUUUGUGUUUCGAUGUGAGAGAGAUUGGAUAACAGCAAACAUAACCAUCAAUGAAUUUAAAAACAUUGACGACAGAUGACUGUUUCGACCUUUCUUUACCUAAUUAUAAGGUUUAGCAAAAUCUACAUUUUUGGGCCGCAGCAAGCAAAAAAUGUUCAACGUAAAAAUAACUGUUGGCUUUGAUCUGUGUCGGAACAGCAGCAGCAGCAAUAUUUCCUGGAAACAAGACCGCUGCUAGGAUAAUCUUUGUUGAGUUGCAAAUUGGUUUGGUCGCUGUCCAUGGUGCUGAUGUUCCAGGAAUGGUGGAGACGCUAAGUAUCGCUGUUAUCGGAGCUCCCGGAGUCGGGAAAACUUCCAUAAUCCGUCAAUUUAUUUAUAAUGACUUCUCAGAGGUUUACACUCCAACCCGAACCAGGUAUGUGUACAGACCCUCUGUCAUUUUGAACGGUAACAUGUACGACCUGAAGAUUUUGGAUGUCCCGCCAAUUUCGUCAUUCCCCUCAAGCUCGAGCCAGGAGUGGCUGGACCUACGCUGCAGAGGGGUGCGUAAUGCCAACGCGUACAUCCUGGUCUAUGACAUCUGCUGUGUGGAGAGCUUUGAGUACGUCAAGAUGAUCCGCCAGCAGAUCAUGGAGCACAGGGAGGGUAGCAGCAGUGAGGUUCCCAUCCUUGUGGUGGGCAGUAAAAGAGACCUGCAGCGCCAGCGCUUCACGCCUCGCAGGGCCGUCUCUGUGCUGGUAAAGAAGACCUGGAAGUGUGGCUAUGUGGAGUGCUCUGCCAAGUUCAACUGGCAUGUGGUCCUUCUCUUCAAAGAGCUGCUGGGCAUCGCUGUAGGGCGUGGCAUGAAACAGAACCACACCCCUGGGAUCCGCCUACAAGGGGCGCUGCAGAGGAACCGCUGUACUGUCAUGUGACCCAGUGGACUCCCUCCGGUGUAGGGUGAAGUUGCCCCAGUUUUGCAGUUUUCCCACUAAUGAUAAAGGUUAGGAUUGAGGGAGGGGAAGCUGAUCCUACUUCUAUAACUAGGGGAAACUUCACCCCGGAGCACUUCCUUCCCUCCUAUGUCAGAGCCAUAGGAACCUCAGUCACACCUCAGGGGGAAUGGUUAUACAGAGAAGACUUCGAUCUGAAUGGCUGGAAAACACCCCGAGGCCUCCUGCUUUACUGAGCUCAUUUUCAUAUGAGGUUUAUCUGACUCGGAUCCUGUAGCUACUAGGACUGACAUUGGUCCCUGUACUAGACGUGCAUCUUUAUCACCUAUCACAACACCGCAGUUCUGUCACAAUGUUGCCAUUGAGAGGAAGGAGGAAGAGGAGGAGGAUGAAGAAGAGGUUUUGUCAAUGGAUUUUGAGGAGUAGAACAUCUACUUCCACAGCUCUGGUCACAGGUCACCCAAACAAUUAGCACCACACCACCAGCUGUGGCUCUGAGCUCCCCAGAUUGCAAGGCAACAGCUCAUACAUGCUGAUGGUUGUCUGCUGGGUUGAGAGCUUGUGGACUGUGUGCAUCUAGUGGGAAUAAGUAUCAUUACUGACACGACUAGGUAUUCACUCCAUAUUAGCUUAGUCUCAUACACGUGAGGUAGAUAAAUGCCCUGGCUGUCAUACUUGAAAUUGCAUUAUUCUAAGAUCGAUGCACCAUAGGAAAGGCUAGGUUACAGGGGUUGUGUGGUAAAUGUGGGUGAGUCAACAAGAUGGAUGGCUUACUCUUGGUUUAGUACAUCCACUUCCUCUUUUAGGGGUAGCAGCACCAGAAACCACAGCUCUCCAAAAUGCCCCCUAAACAGUAAACCAAUUCAUUUCGUGUUCAGGAAUUGUCCUUGUACUCCAGGUAAACAAACAUUCACUGAUUGGAGGUGCUGGUACAACAUUAUAGUGCUGUCACUCCCUCUUCUCAUUUAAAAUAUAUUGUUUAGGGGGGAUGUGAGGUUAUCUUGCAUCAGAAAAACACUGCUGUCGCUAUCAUGAUGAAGGACUUUAAUCCUCCCUUCCUCCUGUCUUCCUCAGUCUGUGUGCUUCUGAUGAAUACAUUAUAUCAAUGGUGCUCUGGUGCCUGCAGGAAGCUAGAGGGGAUGUCUGGCACAGAUAUUGAAUGUGAUGCAGGGAUAGUAGGCAGGGGGUGUGGUUUUAAAAUGCUUGUAAGGUUAAACCCAGGUUAAUGGGCAGGGUUAGUGAAACAGAAGGCCAAUGGAAGGAGAAUAGAAAGAAGUAGUGACUAUAUUAUGGGCAAUAAAGCUGCAGAGCACCUUGACCAGCACGACAAGUUGUAUCCAACCACAGACACCCUCUACAAGUCUAGAAUGCCUAACAUAGAAUGUAUUAAACCUCCCUGCUCUAGGAUAUACCCAGACCACCACACACAAGAGAGCGUACACCCCCAGAGCAUUCCAAUAUAUUAGCAUCCUACCAAACAAACAGAAGACUCUCUGGAAAUAUCAAAGCAGUGUCUGAAUUGUGCAAGAUAUUUACAUUGUUUGAGAAUGUGGUAAACAUGUGAUUGCAGACACCCUGUGACAAUGUUUGCACUGAAAAUGAGUACCUGUAUUGUACGUAUGUACGUGCAUCAUUGAUUUGCAUGUUGUUGCUGCCAAGCCAGCAGGUCAGGGGUUAAUUGCACUGGUGUGAUUGUGUAGCUGUAAUUUAUUUACCUGUGUGUACUGUAUAUGGUUAAUAUUGGAGACUAUCAAAAGCAAGGUGAGAGGUGUGUGUGUGUGUGUGUGUGCGCGCACAGGCUCCAUUUUACUGAAAUGAUAGUUAGACAGAUUUCUUAAAGAGAAAGAUUAUGUAGCAUCUGAGAGUAAUGGUAAUUUCUCGAGUAACAUGAAUGGCCAUCCAUUUAAAUUAGACUGUUUGUGUGAGUGUGUCAUGUUCCAACAUCAAGGGCUAAAUUUUCUAACAGAAACAUCACUUUUUUUUCAAUAGUAGGUGUUAGCUGUUUUGUUU